CAACCAGAACGGUUCACUUUAGCGGCUUUAGAUUUACACGACCCGCGGAUACAUUGGAUCCUUCCUCCCCCUCUUGAGUUUAGAGUGUGCAGUUGAUCUUCAGGCUGUCCCCGUGUCCGUGUACCGCCUCUCCCCCUCUCGACUAGAACCCCCCACAGUUGAUUUGCGUUGGGUUGUUUUAGUAGGGGUUUUGAGCAGGUGACUUCCAGCUGAUGAAGAUUUGUUCUCGUCUGUUGUUGACUGUAGCUCAGAAGAUCUGUGGACUGUAGUAUCCUGCCACCACCUGAUGACGGGUGGAGUUUCGAUGUUCGACGCGAAUCGGAUGUAGUGGAGUUGAACCCUCACCGCAGGAAGUGUCUCUGUUAGGGGAAGUGAAGUACACAUGGUGCUUAGACGCAAAUUUCUCGCGCCACGUUUGAUUUAACCGGUAACAGAGUACUAGUGUUAUUGAAAAAGUUUUCUCGAGGUUGGAAAACGAGCAGCGAACGGGUUGAGCCGUAGAUUCGAGUGCGCUGAAGGAGGACACGAAGUAAAACUGGUUUUUCGAUUCGUGCAGUGUUUAACAGGACUAUAAAAAAAUAAUGUCGUUCAAAUUGAAGUUCAUUAAAAAUUAAUAGUAUAAGUGAAGGAGAUUGUUGCAAAAAUUCAGUCGUCACCGGCCUAAACGAGACUUUCGCUCACAUAUGUUGUGGUGGCCUACAGUCCGUUUCGCCUCGUUCGUAUGAUUACUGUCGGCAGAUAGUCCACUGGCAGCAUAAAACUGGCUCCGUCGUGGAGUAUGUCAAUGCUCAGUGUAACGGCUCGAGCGAGCAAAAUAAGCAUCAUUAUGCAAUACCUCACUCGCCAUUGUUGUUGAAGAACAAGUCCCGGCGGUAUUAGCAAUCAGUGCCGAGAAAAAUGAAAUAUAAUGUAAACCACAGAAAAAGGUAAAAAGCAGACUUAAUGUAGUGCAUGAUUCACAAAAUGUACUUGCAACAACGUGCAAAAAAAAACGUAGACGGGAAGAAAACAUAAAAAAAUAAUAGUUGAAGCGUAAAAAUCGGUGAAAUGAAGCAUAAAUAAUGAUCCAACGAGCAGAGUGACGUCGAAAGUACGCUAAAAAAGUGCGCCUUUUCCCGGUUUAAUGAAUGAACGUAGAUGAAUAAUGAAUAACGCAAAAAAGCGGCACGUGCACACGUGAGGCGUUCGAAGGUUUAGGGGUUCGAUAGCAUCAUCGCGUUGAAUGAGAAGAGAAUCAUAAUUGUACACAAAUUUAUGCACCCAAUCGUGUGUCGGUUUUUUUUUCGUUUCGUUGUGAGUUUUGUGAUUCGGUGCAAUCUUCUGUGAAAACUUCACUCGCGUGUUUGCGGGAAAAGUGCAUCACAAGUUCCAUCAGCAAGGAAAGUCAUUUUUCUAGCUUAUCCGUUGUGUUGUCGAACGUGAUUUGAAAGAAGAUUUUUCUUGCGUUCUGAGAAAAGCCGAGAAAAAAAGAAAAUAGUUGGAAAAGCAGCAGCGAGUGGCAAGUGUGUAAACGAGAAGUGAGAACCGUUCAAAUUUCGAUGUCGCAUGGAGAAGGAAAAAAACCCCGACAAAACGACGGAUCAUUUGUAGUGGCGGGGAGAAUAAAUGAUGAUUGAAAUGGGAGAAGCUGUCGAAGUGAAUUAAUGCCGACAGAUGCAGCGAAGAUCAUGUGGAAAAUUUGGAGGUGAAUUGGAGAGGUGCAUUUCCACGAGUGAAACUGUGCUGAAGCACUGGGCGUCGCAGUAGUUUGUUUUACGUUCCGGUGGGGUGAGCGGAGAAAUUGAUGUUAGCUGUUUGUUUUUGUGAUGUUCGCCAUUAGUCAAUGGGAAAUUUGUGUUGCGUUGAUAAUUAUUAUUCAUAAUUACCAACAGCUUACAUCCUGAGAACAAGGAGAAGAACCGAAAAAAAGUGAAGAGCUACUGCUGCCAACUGUGCCGGGAUCGAAAGCCAGCUCGGCAAAACCUAAUCACGGAUUGAGGGACAUCGUGCCACUGACUGUGUGGCCGCUGUUUGCGUGUUUAGUGUGCUCUGUUUGCGUCGUAAAAAAGCUGCGAAUAGUUGCGCCGCGUGUGACCCACUGAGUAGCGGAGGUGUUCCGCGCAAAACAUUCGACGCUUAAACUACAGUAAAUCUUUACGCCGAAAGCAACAAGUUGCAAUAAGAACAAUAUGAAAACAUCAUUUCGGCACCUUUUAUUUCUGCUUCCCGUCAGUAGUGGCAGUGGUACUUACGGAGGUUACCGUCGUUGCCGUUUAGUGUACAUUUACAACAAGUGAUUUAUUUUCCGUCGACGAGAGGAAAUAAUUUGUCCGAUAAGUCCGUGUGUGUGUUCAGUGAUUGGUGCUAUGGUGGUACGGUUUAUCAACCACUCAACGAUGAAGGGCCACGUGGUCCUGGUGUUGUUAGUGUUACUAUUUUUCCACUGUUGCGUCCGGAAUGUGCACGGGCUGAGACCGACACUGCAAACCACCAGCCAGACAAAAAUGAUGCUGAAGGAAAGUUUGCUGAUGCCCUCGUCGGAUCCGGAAAAAGAGGCCAAGGAGAUGUACGAGAAGGCUCUUCAGCAGUAUGGCAUCGUUGGCCGGACGCUGAAAGAAAUUUGUAAACCCUGGCAGGCCAUGGGGUGCCAGUGUGUGGGAUCGUCCGAAGAGGUAGCGCUCACCUGCCGGGGAAUCGGUCUUGAAAUGGUUCCGAUGAAAUUACCCUCAGAGCUGGUUAAACUUGACCUCAGCCACAACAACAUCUCUAGCUUACCAAAUAAAUCGUUCGAUACGCUACCAAAUCUAGAGGAACUAAUCCUAUCGUACAACCGGAUGGACCACAUAGAAGCCGAGGCGUUUUUCGGUCUAUCGAGCCUCAAGAAGCUGGUGCUUCAAAACUGUGGCCUCGUACGCGUCCCGGUGGAAGCUCUGCGGCGAGUUCGCACCAUUUCCUCGCUACAGUUGGACAGCAACCUUAUAGCGGAGAUGGAAAACGUGACCUUUCGUGGGUUCAACUAUCUGAAGAGUUUGAGACUGGAAGGCAAUCUGCUGAAACGGAUCCCGACGGAGGCGUUGAUCGGAUUGAGAUCACUAGAAGCUUUAAACCUAGGAAAUAAUUUAUUAACUACUAUUAAGGCAGGCGAUUUUCCACUUUUGGAAAAUCUACAUAUUUUAUUAGUGAAGAGAAAUCAAAUAAGCGAAAUAACUUCCGGUGCUUUAACAAAUUUAACUCGUUUAAAAGUUUUAGAAUUAGAUGAUAACGUGUUAAGUUCAGUGCCUGUUGGUUUGGAGAGUCUCGCCAUGCUGCAAGAACUGUCAGCAUCCAGCAACCGCAUCCGAUGGAUCUCGAAGGAUGAUUUCCCCAAAAGUCUAGUCACACUAGAGCUCAAAUCCAAUCCCCUGGUUGGCAUUAAGCCAGGUGCCCUGCAAAACAUGGCCCGGCUCCGAAGGUUGAUACUUUCCGACGUCCGGGGACUUCAAGAACUACCUCCACUAGAUGGCUGCCCUUCGCUCGAAGUGCUGCGGAUCGAUAGAGCCAAUCUAACCAAACUACCUGACCAUAUUUGUAAGAAUUCGCCACGCUUAAGGAGUUUAGACCUAAAAUCCAAUAGAUUGAGAAGCAUUCCAAAUGUGACAAACUGUCGUGAUUUAAGAGUUUUAGAUUUAACCGGUAAUAGUAUUAGCUCUCUCCAUGGGGCCCACUUCUCUAGUCUUGGCCAGCUGCAUGACUUGCUCCUUUCGAAGAACGAAAUCGAAUCGAUUCCGCACGAUGCAUUCGUUGGUCUAUUCCGACUGCAAGUAUUAGACUUGGAAGCAAAUAAUAUUUACUUCAUCCACCAGGACGCCUUCAGGCCAAUGAUUAAGCUAGAAGAUUUAAAUCUGGGCAACAACAUAUUUCCAACACUUCCAACGACCGGAUUGGCACGGCUGUUGCACCUGAAGACGUUCAACAAUCCAAAUCUCAGAGAGUUUCCUGCACCGGAGUGCUUCCCCCGCAUCCAAACUCUCGCCCUCUCCUACGCGUACCAUUGCUGUUCGUUUGCACCGCUAAUGGCGAGCACCACAAAAGUUCCUAAACACCAUCCCAUCAAGGAGGAAGUUCUUUUCCCGACUGACAACGAGUUCGAUAUGAGCCUGUGGAAUAACAGCUACAACGAUAUUUGGCCACAGCUGCAUAAUUUGAGCAAAAAAUUUGGUACCCAAAUAAACGACCUGCUGCACGCCUAUGGACCGGAAUACUACCCCGGCGGAAUGCCAACGUAUCCAGAGGAAUAUUUCGAAGAAGAAGGCGGUGUCACCCAUGCGGUGCCAACAUCUCAGCCCGGAAGUGUUCAAUGUUUACCCGAGCCAGGUCCGUUUAUGCCUUGCCAGGAUCUGUUCGACUGGUGGACGCUACGGUGCGGUGUUUGGGUGGUUUUCCUCCUAGCGAUGCUGGGCAAUGGGACGGUCGUAUUCGUAUUGAUAUUCUCAAGAUCGAAAAUGGAUGUGCCCCGAUUUUUGGUGUGUAAUUUAGCCGCUGCUGAUUUUUUCAUGGGAGUAUAUCUGGGGUUCCUAGCGGUGGUUGAUGCAUCCACCCUCGGAGAGUUCCGGAUGUAUGCCAUCCCGUGGCAAAUGAGUGCCGGUUGCAAACUGUCCGGAUUCCUGGCAGUGUUAUCAUCGGAACUGUCCGUAUACACGCUGGCUGUGAUCACCUUAGAGAGAAACUACGCCAUAACCCAUGCAAUGCAUCUGAACAAGAGGCUGUCGUUGCGUCACGCCGGUUACAUAAUGACUAUCGGGUGGACGUUCGCCAUUACGAUGGCCAUUUUACCACUAUUUGGAGUAUCCGAUUAUCGAGUGUUUGCCGUAUGCCUUCCGUUCGAGAUAAACAAUGGAACUGGCAGUUUGUUUUAUGUUGUAUUCCUAAUGUUCAUCAACGGGAUAGCCUUUCUCAUAUUGAUGGGAUGCUAUCUAAAAAUGUACUGUGCAAUACGAGGUUCUCAGGCGUGGAACUCGAACGACUCACGAAUAGCUAAGCGGAUGGCCUUGUUAGUUUUCACAGACUUCAUCUGUUGGUCACCGAUCGCAUUCUUCUCACUGACUGCCGUCUUCGGACUUCACCUAAUCUCUCUAGAACAAGCCAAAGUAUUCACUGUGUUCAUACUACCUCUUAAUUCCUGCUGCAACCCGUUCCUAUACGCUAUCCUAACCAAACAGUUCAAGAAAGACUGCGUCCUCAUUUGCAAGGCAAUCGAGGAAUCUCGAGUAACUCGAGGAAUCGGUCGCUGUCGGCACAGUUCGAACUUCAGCAAUCGUCACACCCCAGCCAACACCAACUCACUGGUGGAUCGGUCUUCCCGCGAAUUGCCGCCACUGCUGCCCGGUCAAACGUGCAACUGUUCGGCGAAACUCAUGGAGCAGGAGAACCUUCGGCGUCGAUUCCCACAGCAGAGCACAUUUUCCAAAACGUGGCGCCGCCUGCUCUGCAAUAUCGGUCAAAGGGGAGAUAACCGUCGGGCUGGACGCAACGGUGAUCAAUAUGCGUACCAAAUCGCCGAAAUACAACAGAAGCAGCACAAACGAGCCGGAUCGGUUUCAUCCAGCGAGAACUUCAGCUCGUCGAGGUCAGACUCAUGGCGCCAUGCUCAGCAUCACUGUGGCAUUCCGCUGCGGCUGCUCGAUCCCAGACGACGGCAUACGUCUUGGUUGAUCACGCGGAAGACGUCGCAGGACUCUAACCUGUCGAGCUCGAGAAACGAUUCGUCUGGAUCAACCGCCACCCAGAGCACUGGUACGUGGCGAAUAUCUCGGUCCAGUGCGAGUAAUUCGGUGGUGCUGCCGGGCGUUAAGGUCGAUGGGGUUCCCUAUCCGCAUCAUGUAGGCAGUGUUCGCCAGUCCAUCCCCGGAGGAAAACCACGCCUCGUUCGCCAAUCCGCCGUCCAGGAGGACACCCAGGAACUUUCGUGCUCUCCUCCACGGCUAGGCGUUCGGUUCCUACCUACCAUCCCGUCGGCGGCCGAUAGCAGUGUUCAACUGGACGACGAUACAGCCGAGGCCCAAUCGAGUCCAACUUCGAGCCACGGUGAGCACGAAGCCGGUAUGCACAGUACGGAAACAGACGUUGGCACCGGCAGUGGCCAACCAUCUCCCGCUCCACUCUACGCGAUCCUACACAGUGGCAACCCACAGUCAACAGUAUCUAGUCUUAAAGAUAAAACCAAGCCGCCAUGAGCGACGGGUGCAGACUUGUAGGGUUAGGAAUGGUACAAGUAUUAAUCUUUUUCUAUUAUUUGAUCGUACUUAUCCCUAUUUGCUUUCGAUUGUUUCAUUCCCACACCAAAAAGGGCUUAGCGAGGAACAAAAAAAAAGUUUAUAUCAUAUAAUCUCAAAUCAACAGCUCAAAAUUUCAAAAUUUCUCGUGGCCCAAAUAUCUUAGCGUGAAUUAGAAUACUGUAAAAAGUUUAUAUACUUACUAAUGUUAAGGAAAAUCCGAAACCGUGUGAUACUAAAAUGUGUACUUUUACCACGUAAUAAUUUAUUUCAAAACCGUUAGGAUAGUAAAUCAUGUGAAUAUGCGGCAUUUAUAGUGAAUUGAGAGCACACAGCGAGAAAAUGGAUUCAAGCACGGCGCUAUGAGCUUUUCCACUUUGUCCACCUUUAAUCUAGUCAAAAUCAUCCCGAAAACCAGUAUAAGUGCAUGCAACAUUGCACGCGUAAGCUGCCGGCGCUUUUCCACCAAUCGCCCAGCAAAAUGAAAGCUCACGCUGUGCUUGAGACAGAUUUUCCAGCUGGUGUGCGUUUUCCUGCAACUGAUUCAGGAAAGGGUAAACAGCUCAAACGACUAGGACGAAUCGGAUUGAGAAAAUGAAACUUGUAUGAAAAUCACCGUCCACAGACAAUAACUCCUUGCAUCCCGAUCAGAUGAUAAUAGGCCUCAGUUUUAUUCUCGCAAUAGACAUUUCGUACAGCGCCAAGCGAAAGGAAAGAAAACAUAGACAAAAGCUCGUUUGAAGAAAAAUAUUUACACCUCGAGAGGGAAGUAAAAUGAAUGCUGCCAAACAGAAAACCACAUAUAGCAUAUUUGAAACCGAGAAUCAAAACGAUACUAUAAAUUAUCAACACUGCCAUUCGAAUCUAAAUUAGAUUUUUUUACUAUUUUGUAAGAGUAAUAUAUUUUGUAAGAUGAAAGUUGAGAGGCAAACUCCGUGAUACCAAAAGGCGAUUGAACUGUAUUUUAUUUUCAAAUUGAAACGUUCGAGACAGCAGUAUUACUUCGCUUACCGCAGAAAAACGAAACAAAUGUCACAAAAAGUAACAGAUGAGCGACUGUAUAUAAAGUUUCGCAUAAUAAGAACCGAAUGUAACAAAACAAAACAAGAACAAUGUACUCUAAACUGUAAACCAAACCUUUUAACAAUUUAUACUCGUUGCGUGUUAUCUGUCAGAUGGGACAAAACAAAACAAAAAUGGUAGCAUGGGAGUGGAACUCAAGCGAUUAGAAAAAGAGUAACGCGUGGAAAGAAGAUAGAUAUUAUAUAUUUAUUCCAAAUACUAACUUUACAGGUCCUGGUAACUUCAAAAGUUAUUACAGCAACUUUACAUACAAGUGAAUAAA